CUGGACCGGACACCGGGACACCGCGAUCACGAUGGCUUGGCUUCUUGUGGCUCCACUGGUGCUCGCGAUCGCUCUGACGCUGUACCUGAGAAUGCGCUCUGCGCGCAGACUGGAGGGGAACAGACUGCCGAAGUGCGUCCCCGCUUUGCCCAUCAUCGGAAGUCUGCUGAGCAUGCGAGGGACAAUGCAGCCGCACAUUCUCUUCCAUGACAUGCAGCAGAAGUACGGAGAACUGUUCGCGUUCAUGAUGGGUCCGCACUAUACGGUGAUCGUGAACAAUCAUAAGCACGCCAGGGAGGUGCUCCACAAAAAAGGCAAGAUCUUCAGCGGGAGACCCGCGACGGUCACAACUGAUAUUUUAACUCGAGAAGGCAAAGACAUUGCCUUUUCAGACUGCACCCCUGCCUGGAGGUUUCACAGAAAGCUCGUUCACAGUUCACUCAAGAUGUUUGGUGAAGGCUCAGCCUCUCUUGAGAGAAUCAUCUCCAAGGAAGCUAACUCCCUGUGUGAAGUUCUGACAGACAACCAGCAUGUCUCCAUCAACAUGGCCCCAGAGCUGACUCGAGCCAUCACUAACGUCUUGUGCACCCUCUGCUUCAACUCUUCAUACAAACGUGGGGACCCAGAGUUUGAAUCCAUGCUCAAGUACAACAAAGGCAUUGUGGACACUGUUGCUAAAGACAGCCUGGUGGACAUCUUCCCAUGGUUGCAGCUCUUCCCUAAUAGAGAUCUACAGAUUCUGAAGAAGAGUGUAGCGGAGAGAAAUAAGUUUCUGAAUAAGAAAUACAAUGAUCGUAAAGCAGACUUUAACGCCGAUGAAGAAAAAGACUUGAUGGAUUCAUUUCUGCGAGCCAAGCGCAAUUUAGAAAACAAUGACACGCAUGCAAAGGAGGUGGGCCUCUCAGAUGACCACGUGCUUAUGACCUUGGCAGACAUCUUUGGGGCCGGAGUGGAGACUACCUCUACAGUCAUGAAGUGGAUGGUUGCAUAUCUGAUCCACUAUCCAGAGAUCCAGAAGAAGAUACAAGAAGAGAUGGACAACAUCAUCGGGCUGGACAGCCGACCCACCCUGAGAGACAGAGGAAGACUUCCAUACCUGGAGGCCACAAUCCGGGAGGUUCUGCGCAUUCGGCCAGUGACUCCACUGCUCAUUCCUCAUAUAGCUAUGGAAGAUUCCAGCAUUGGUGAAUACACAAUUCCCAAAGGAGCUCGAAUUGUGAUCAACCUGUGGUCCAUACAUCAUGAUGACAACGAAUGGCCAGACUCCGACAAAUUUGAUCCUGGGCGCUUUCUGGAUGAAGAAGGACAGCUCAUUCUCGCUCCGUCACACAACUUCCUGCCUUUUGGGCUGGGAACUCGUGUCUGCGUGGGUGAAGCCCUGGCCAAGAUGGAGCUCUUUCUCUUCAUGUCCUGGCUGCUGCAGCGCUUCUCCCUGUCUAUUCCUGAAGGCCACUCUUUACCUGACCUGCAGGGCAAGUUUGGAGUCGUCCUCCAGCCGAACAAGUUUAUGGUGGACACCAGGCUGAGGGACGUAUGGCUGAAAAAUCAACAAGUCUCCAGUUAAGAGGCAUCCUCUGCCAAUACACUUUUGCAUUUUGCAAGUGACUCUUCUUCCUCAACCUGUGCCAUGUUCUGAAAU